AUUAUCUCCCAGGGCAGAUCGGCUGCUCUCCGCUCCGUAGCGCCGAGUGAAUGGAAAGUUGCCAGCGCUGGGACUCAGAAUGUGUCUGAUGCCUGAAGUCAGGACUUUCUUUUUCUGCCGCUCCUGCUGUCUGACACUGCCUGGUUUUUGCUUGAAGCUGAGCGCCUGUCAUGUAGCGGAGUGCUGCACCAGAACCAGAGGGAUCUUCGGGCAGCGGCUGGAGGACACGGUGCAGUACGAGAGGAGGUUUGGCCAGCGGCUCGCCCCGCUGCUCGUGGAGCAGUGCGUGGAUUUCAUCCGGGAGCGCGGCCUCACCGAGGAGGGGCUCUUCCGCAUGCCCGGCCAGGCCAACCUCGUCAAGGACCUGCAGGACUCCUUCGACUGCGGCGAGAAGCCCCUCUUCGACAGCAACACAGAUGUUCACACCGUGGCAUCCCUCCUGAAGCUCUACCUCCGAGAGCUGCCCGAGCCUGUCAUCCCCUUUGCCAAAUACGAAGACUUCCUUUCCUGUGGACAGCUCCUCUCCAAAGACGAGGGAGAGGGAACCCAGGAACUGGUUAAACAGGUGAAGAAUUUGCCCCAAGCCAAUUACAACCUUCUCAAAUACAUAUGCAAGUUCCUUGAUGAAGUUCAGGCUCACUCCAGUGUUAACAAGAUGAGCGUCCAGAACCUGGCUACAGUAUUUGGACCAAAUAUAUUACGACCCAAAAUGGAAGAUCCAGUAACCAUGAUGGAAGGCACCUCGCUGGUUCAGCACCUGAUGACGGUGCUCAUAAGCGAGCAGGGGCGAAUCUUCGCCGUUCCUCAGGCAGAGGUGCCGGGGAGCCAGCUCGAGAUGCGCCCCGUGCGCCAGCGCAGCACGGUGGAGUGGAUCUCCGAGGAGGACGGCGAGGGCAGCAGGUCGGAGAGCAGUGUUCCCGGCGCCGCUGAGCUGCCUUCGCGCGGUGCUGGGGCAGCAGAGACCGCUCCUGGACCCGCGGGGAGCACCACUCCUGCAGAACGUGGUAACAGGCAGACCCAGGCUGCUGCCAGCCCCAGCAAGAGAGGGCAGACACUGCCGCCGUGGAAGUGCUCCCUCCGGCAGCAAGGAGCGCGGUCGGCGAGCCCAAAGCUGGGCAGCUCCUCCCUAGACAUCCCCAACCUCUCCUCCAGUGGGAACUGGUUGAUGAACGGACUGUACUCCCUGCGAGGCCACCGCAGGACGGCCUCUGGGGAGCGGGUUAAAGACUCCUGCUCUUCCCAGAGACUCUCCACUUACGACAACGUCCCUUCUUCCAGCCUCUCCCUUAGCACGCACAGCAUGGCCAGCACCACGUGGUCCACGUCGUCGUGCGAAAUCUCCGUGGUGGACUCGGUCAGCAGCUGCCCGGCCUGUCGGGCCAGUGACUCUUCUGCUUUAAGCUCUCUCAAAACCGAGUGGGUAACUCAGGGCUCGCUGUCUCAGAGCGAGGUCAAGACUGCAGAUCUAGAGAACAGCAUGGACAGGUUCGGAGCUUGCAGCAGCAGCAGUGAGCAGAGCAACCCCACUGCUGCUUCCAGAGACACCAUCAAGUGCUCUAGGGCCCUACAGAGCUUGGUGGUGGAGCUAAAGGCAGAACUGAGCAAACAGAGGACUGAGUACGAGACUAGUAUCAAAAGAAUUGAGGAAACGAGUGCGGACCUGAGGAAACAAGUGGUUAGGCUAGAAGAAGAACUGGACCAAGAACGAAAGAAAUACACAAUGCUGGAGAUCAAGCUGAGGAAUUCUGACCGUGCUCGUGAGGAUGCUGAGAAGAGAAAUCAGCUUCUGCAGAAGGAAAUGGAAGAGUUUUUCUCAACGUUAGGAUGUUUGACUGUUGCAAGUCAAAGUACCAAAGGCCCCAAGUAGAAAAAGCUGGUGUACAGCAAAGAAACGUCCCUUCCUAGCAAAGACAGUCUCUAUGCACAUUGUGUCCUGGUAUACUCGUGUAUCAUGAGUAAUUCUGCAGUGACUGUGCUCUCAGUGACACUUGCUCUGUUGUCUUUACACGUGCUGUAGCAUUUGGGCCAGCGGGGAAGGACUGCUAAAUACAAUGCUUGGAACUGUAGAGGCCAGAUUACCGAGGAAAAGUGGGCGCUGUUUUAUCUCUACGGGUCCAAAACUGCUUUUCUCUGUGUCUAGACUGUUCCAUGUUUGGAUUUCCUGCACCCCUGUUCUGCUGGGUCAAGGACAUCAGCAAGGCAUGAGAGGUGGGUGAGACAUUUGGAGG